AUUUUCAUUGGUUGUAUUAACACCUGACACAGACAUCAUGUAAGAAGAUGGCGAAGUGAAAGAAGUGUUGUUAAGAUCCACUUAAUGUUGGAUGUUAAUUGUUUUUAGCAGAGAUUAUGAACAGAUGAUACAUUUCAACAAGGAUUAUCGUCAAAGUUAAGUCAGGAUGCUGGAACUGGAAGUUGUGCCAGAGCGAUCACUUGGAAACGAACAAUGGGAGCUGGUUUUGGGUAUGGCAUUUAGUCAAGUUGUUCACAUCUUACAGCAACAGUUUCAUACUAUAAAAAAUGUUCAGGUCAUCUAUAGUGAAUUGAAUCCUUUGGUAAUGGAUUUAAUCAUAAACCUUUCUCAAGAUGGGAUACGAUUGAUAUUUGAUCCACUUACACAGAGGCUAAAAAUUAUAGAAGUUUAUUGCAUGAACAAAACUAAAUUAAAAUAUUGUGGAAAUGUUUUUUGCUCACCUGAAGUAACACCAACAUUAGAACAAAUAGAUCAUUCUUUUGGAGCUACACAUCCAGGAGAAUAUCAUUCUUCUCAACAAGUAUUUGUAUUAAAUUUCCGUGGCCUCACAUUUGCUUUUGCCAUAGAUCCCAAAUUACAGCCUAGAUACGCUCAUGGAGUUGGAAGUCUCCAAUUUGGGUCAUUUCCAGUGGUCUCCAAAAUGUCCAUAUACAGUGGCAACAGUCUUUCUGAAACCAGAGCUCCUUCUCUUCCAAACAAUAGUUUCUGUAACCACUGCUACUUAGAGAAUCUAGAUGUACUAAGGGAAGGGGAUGAAACUAUAGGAAUAAAGCUCCGAAUUAUAACUGAAGAUCUAGAUUCUAAUAAAUUGUUGGAAUUCCGCAAGCAGAUCAUGACAAAAGUUAUUAAGUUUGGGGAUUCUGCUCAGGAUGUUACAAGUGCUUUAGGAUCGCCUAGUAAAGUCUUUUAUAAAUCUGAAGAUAAGAUGAAAAUACAUUCACCCAAUUCUCACAGAUAUCGAAAAUGGAGUUGCUCAGACUAUUUUUACAAUUAUUUCACUUUAGGAAUAGAUGUUCUUUUUGAUGCCAAAAGUCACAGAGUGAAAAAAUUUAUUCUCCAUACUAACUAUCCGGGCCAUUAUAACUUUAAUAUAUAUUUUCGUUGCAACUUCAAUUUACCGAUUGAAGUUAAAGCAUCAUCAGAACCAGAAAACAUUACCUUAGUGGAUGUCUCUGACAAGAAACAAAUCAUUACUGCAUUUACAAAGUGGGAUGAGAUGGAAGAGCUGCUGAAGAAACCCCUAGAACGUCCUGUUGUUUUAAACAGGGCAUCAACGCACAAUGCUACAAAUCCAUUUGGCUCCACUUGUUGUUAUGGUUAUCAAGACAUCAUAUUUGAAGUUAUGCCUAACAAACAUUUGGCCUCUGUUACUUUGUAUCAAAAGAAAAAGAUAGCCAAAAAUCUGGAUGUUUGACAAAUAAUUCAUUAUUAGGCUUAUGACUUUGAAAAAAUUUUUAAAUUCUGUUUCAAUUUUUUUAAAGCAAGUGGCAAAGUCAGAUGUUCAGUUCAAUGAGAAUUUUCUCAUGAAGAAGUUUAACAUCUCAUUCUGCUGUCAUUUGAUUGCAUAUUUAUAAGAACAGUUGUAUUUAAUAAUAUUCAACAUUCACACUGUGUGGAGCAUUGCCUUUGUAUUAUAAGCUUGUAAAAAUGUAAAAUUAUAUGUAUGAUUGUGAUUUUUUAAGCAUU